AUGGCCAACCAAUGGGUUUCCACAGACCUGCAGCAGGAAAUGAAAUGCCCCAUCUGUCGGAACAUUCUGCAAGACCCUGUCACCAUUGAGUGUGGGCACAACUUCUGCCAAGGUUGCAUCACUCAGCUUAAGGAAGGUUCUAAAUGUCCACUCUGCAAAAGUUCUAUGAAGAAGUUCUCAUAUAAACCCAACCGCCUGUUGGCAAAGCUGCUACAGAAAAUUGGAUUCAAGAGGCAGUUGAAAGAAGAAGGGCUGAGAUGUCCAAAGCAUGGAGAGACGCUACACUACUUUUGUGAAGCAGAUGGGGAACUUCUCUGUUUGGUGUGUCAUGACUCUAAGGAACACAAAUCCCAUAAAGCAAGUCUGAUAGAAGAAGCUGUUGAGCAUCACCAGGAGCAGAUCCAGUUGCAUGUGGGGGUCUUGGAACAAAAGGAGCAGGAACUGGUACACAUGAAGAUUCAAGUUGACAAGAAGACCAAUCACUUCAUGGCCCAGGUGGAUGUUGAGAAACAAAGGAUCCACUCAGAAUUCAAGCACCUGCAUCAAGUGCUGGAGGAGACUAAGGACUUCCUCCUGUCCAACAUCGAGCAGCAGGCUCAGCAUGGAGUCAAAGAGUGUGAGCGCUACAACACUGCCAUCCAGGCACAGCUCAAUUCUCUCAAAGAUCUCAUGGGUUGCCUGAAGACCAAGCAACAGAUGCCACCCAGACAGUUGCUGCAGGAUAUCAAAGGCACCUUGAAAAGGAGUGAAGAGUUUCAGGUUCGAUUUCACAGCAAAACCCCAAUUCCUCUGGACCUGGAUCAACAAUUUAAUGAAGCAAAGUCCAGACAUGACUCCGUGAUUAAGAACCUAAGGAAAUGUGGAGAGCUGCUCCAGGCUAACAGGAAGAAACACCAAAGCAAAACUCUCCAAGACAAGAGUGCAACCCAGAGGCAGAGUGGUGACAAAACAGCCUACCCAGCAUCCUCAACUCAUCACACCCCAGCUCAAAGCCAACCUCGAGUUCCAUCCAAAUUCGAGAUAAACAGCACCAACCCUGAAUUCAACCUGCCUCGAAGAAGAGCCUCUCUUUCCAUUGUUCCCAGGAAUGCACAAGUCAUCGACACCUGGGAAACCGGGAACUUACGACGUUACGUGAGCAAUAUUGAGCUCCAGCAGGUGUUGACUCCUGUGAUGUUUGACGUUGACUCGGCCCACCCUGAUCUCAGCUUUUCCCAGGAUCUGAAAAUGGUGAAUGUGAUCCCUCAGACCCACUCAAUAUUUCCAGUAGAGCAGCAGCGCUUCUACCCGUUCCGUUGCGUUCUGGGCUCACCAGGCUUCUCCACUGGUCGACAUACCUGGGAGGUGGAGCUCAGUGGCUCAAGGGGUCCGGCUGGCAUUGUGGGCGUGGCAUGGGAAAAAGUGCCAAGGCAGGGCAGCUUGGCCAUGGAGCCCGCGAGUGGCUUCUGGGUGCUGCGCAUCACCAGAUUCCAAUGCCAGGCACUCACUGGGAGAGAUUCAUGGAAGUACCUCCCAAUCUGCUCCAGAAGAGUGGGUGUCAGCGUGAAUCUCGAGGGCAAGGAGGUCACCUUCUAUGACGCGGCCACCAAAGACCACAUCUACACUUUCCAGGCCUCCUUCCCGGGGAAGAUCUUCCCUUUCUUCAGGCUGCUGUUCCCUGACACCCAGAUCACCCUGAACCCCUAG